UAAUGUAGACGUACAGCUUAACAACAGUCCAUUAAUACCUUCCACCACGAUCGGUCUGUCUAUAAUUUAGUCUAUUAUAUUCUGGUAUUUGUAAUAGACAUACAAGAUGAAACUUAUCAUCCUCGCUUUAGUGACUAUGAUUGCAUUGGGUAGUGCUUUGCCACGAGUAGAUCUAUAUAAAUUAGUGAUCUCCAACGAUAUUGAUGACACGAAUGUGAAUGAUGAAUAUGAUCUCGAUAAUACUGCGGCAGUAUCCCCCAAUUUGUACAUCCCUAUGGAACUUAGGGGUUGCAAUAACGUCGGAUGUGAUAAUAUCUGCAAGGUACUAGGUUUCAAACAUGGCAAAUGUGUGUCGGCCAACACUUGUCGCUGUUACAAUUAAUUUUUGUUAUAAAAUCGAUGUUUAUGCGGUUACUUGUAAACUGUACUUAUGUUAAUCUUUAUAUGCAUUUUGUAUUUUAAUUAAAUUUUUCCAAUUAUCUAAA